UCGUUUUUUUUUUAAACCAGCUCUGGAUGUGUAGAUCGUCACAUGUUGUUCCCCUCUCCUCGGUCCGGACACUAAAGCAGACAUGUGUUAUUUAUUGCUCAGCUUUGGGAGAAGACGAACGCACCUUCAGCCGGCUCUGGAAACAGAGGACUAAAAUCAAGCGCGUCGUUUUCUUCAGCAACUCGAGGGGAAAGGAAGCAUUGUGUCUGAGAGCGGAGAAUGGCGAGUCCGCCAAACACGGGAGAGCAGCCGAUAAUACCCAGCAAUACGAGCGUUAGCAACAAUAUCAAGAAAUGUGGAUACCUAAAGAAGCAGAAACACGGACACAAGCGCUUUUUCGUUCUAAAGGAGCAGAGCGAGGGAUUCCCUGCCCGGUUGGAGUACUAUGAGAGCGAGAAGAAAUGGAAAAACAAAUCCGCCGCGAAGAGAGUUAUACCUCUGGACUGCUGCCUCAAUAUCAACAAGAGAGCGGACGCCAAACACAAAUAUCUUAUCGCUCUUUACACCAAGGACGAGUAUUUCGCCGUUGCGGCAGAAAACGAACAGGAACAGGAGAGUUGGUACCGGGUGCUGACGGAUUUAAUGUCAGAGGGGAAAGUAUACGACGGCUCAGCGUCCAACUCAGCGUCCUCGCUGGUUGGCUUCGACGAGGCGAGCUACGGCGUAAUAACGCCGGUUUCAGCUGCUUACAAGGAGGUAUGGCAAGUCAACUUGAAAUCUAAAGGCUUGGGGCAAAGCAGGAAUCUAACCGGAGUGUACAGGCUGUGUCUUUCCAGUCGGACUAUCAGCUUCGUGAAGCUAAACACGGAGACUGCCUCUGUAAUUUUGCAGCUGAUGAAUAUCCGGAGGUGCGGCCACUCUGACAGCUUUUUCUUCAUCGAGGUUGGUCGAUCCGCAGCCACGGGACCAGGAGAGUUAUGGAUGCAGGCUGAUGACUCUGUAGUGGCGCAAAAUAUUCACGAAACUAUCUUGGAGGCGAUGAAAGCCAUGAAGGAGCUGUCGGAAUUCCGUCCGCGCAGCAAAAGCCAGUCAUCCGGUACCAACCCCAUCUCUGUGCCCACACGGAGGCACCUGAACAAUCUCCCCCCAAGUCAGACAGGGCUUCCCCGGCGGUCUCGCACUGACAGCAUGGCAGCGACCUCUCCUGUGAGUAAAUUCUCCUCCUGUCGAAUACGCACAGCCAGCGAGGGAGACGGAACCAUGACACGCCCCAUGUCAGUGACUGGCAGCCCCAUAAGCCCGGGGGUCCACAGGACCCUUCUGAGCAGGUCUCACACAAUUACAGCACGCCCUUGUCGGACAUUUGAAUCUUCUUCCCUCCAGCACAGUAAGUCCAUGUCUAUGUCUCUAUCUAACUCCCCGCCUAUGGCUACCCCUAGCCUGGGGAAUCUGUCCUCAUGUCCUGACAGCACAGCCCCUCGCCCCUCCAGCUGCAGUGCCUCCUUUUCCGGCUCCCCCAGUGAUGCUGGGUUUAUAUCAUGUGAGGAGUACGGCUCCAGCCCUGCUGAUGCACGGGAGCUGAGACUACCACUCACCAUGCGGAGCAACACACCUGAGUCUCUCAAAGCUGACACCCCACCCUCACGGGAUGGCAGCGAGCUUGACGGCUACAUGGUGAUGGAGCGGCAGAAGCAGAAUGGUUACAGAAGGUUAUCAGAGCUAGACAAGGCUUACCGGAAGCGAACAUACUCCCUGACUACUCCCCGGCAGCAGAGAGGCCCCCCACAAGUAUCAUCAGCCUCCCUAGAUGAGUACACUCUUAUGCGAGCCACCUAUAACAGUGGGAGCCACUCUUCUCGCAGGUGUCACACCGCCUCCCCUAAAGGGACCUAUCCUGAGGACUACAGGGAUGUUCACAUCAGUGCCGGCAGUGCCCAAGGAGACAGUGGCUACAUGCCCAUGAUGCCAGGUGUGGCACCUCUGACACCAGGAUCUAAGGACGACCCCUACAUGCCCAUGAGCCCAAUGUGUGUUUCUGCUCCGAAGCAGAUCAUCAACCCCCGAUCACACUCCUCUUCAGCUGGGCUGGCCCCACGCACUGACUCCCCUGGAAGUGUUUCUUUGGAGGACAGCGGUUAUAUGCGGAUGUGGUGUGGGAAUAAGAUGUCAGUGGAGAGCACUGAUGGAAAGCUCACUAAUGGAGAUUAUCUGAACAUGUCUCCUGUUGACUCUCUUGUGUCCAUCACACCCCCAGACUUCAUCCUAAGCCCACCAGGCGGAGACCCCCACCCCCAGCAAUCUCACAGACAGCCUUACUCUUACAGUUCUCUACCACGAUCACUUAAAGGCCAGUUGCAGCGCAACGGGUCUUCGGACUCAGACCAGUAUGUGGUGAUGAGUUUACAGAGACAGCGGAUAGAAGAGGAGUCCAACUAUUGUCCUCUUUCUCCAGGAGACUCAGAGGCCAACAAAUCUCCAGUGACACCAGGCACCCCUUCAUCUGCACCAUUUCCCCACAGAGUGACACGGAUAGAUGGAGGUCUGGUACAUCGUAAUAGGGUGGGUCGGCCCACCCGCUUGGCUUUAGAAUCUUUAAGGACUCUACCAUGUAUGAGUGAACACCCUCUCCCAUCAGAGCCACGCAGUCCUGGAGAGUACAUCAACAUAGACUUUAGUAGUGCUACCCAUGGCCAGCUGUCAUCUGCAGUUACAGAGAGCUCUGAGUCCUCAGUGUGUGCAGAGAGGACAUCCUCACCACUCUCAGACUAUGCUAAUGUUGAUGUCAGCUCUCACAAAACAGGGGGUUCCCCCUCUGCAGGGGGCCUUAACCUCACACCUGAAGUCUUUACAAGUCUGGUGAAUGCUGAGCAGAACAUGCAGGGAGCGAGGGAAGAGGAGAGAAUGAAGGAGGAGGAUUCAGAGGAGAGGGGGAUGGUAGAGGAAUAUCCCCCCCAACAGCAGGUGAGCCUGGUGUGUCAGCCGGCUCUAGUCAAGGAUGACUACACUGAGAUGACUUUCAGUCCUUCUGCACCUCUACCUGCUCUCUGCACCACUAAUGCUGCCCCCCUUCCCACCAGCCCCACCACGGGUGUCAAGAGACUCAGCUUGGAGAGCAGCAUCAUGGAUGGGGUUCCCCCUGUGCCAUUGGACUCUUUCCUUCUGGGGGGACCUUCAUUAUCAGUCACCCUCUUAGACCCACACAGAGGGGCCAAAGUGAUUCGAGCUGACCCUCAGGGCCGGCGGCGGCACAGCUCUGAGACCUUUUCCUCCACCACCACUGUCACCCCCGUGUGCCCAUCCUUUGCACACAACACCAAACGGCACAGCUCGGCCUCUGUGGAGAACGUUUCCCGCACUGUUUGCAGCUCAGAGGGACCUGACGAGGACUACAGCAGCAACAGCCCCAUGUGCAGGGAGAUGUCAGCUGGUUAUCAAAACGGACUUAACUACAUUGCCUUAAACUUGAUGGAGGGAAACCUCAGAUUAGGAGACUCCGAUGGACUUCUGAGGUUCAAGACUGCCUGCGGCUGUAAAGGGGGCAUGAAUGGUUUUAACACGAGCCCCUAUGCUAGCCUGGGAUUCAAGGAGACUGCUGCUGCUGUCAAAGAAUGAACCCUGGCCCCGCUCCCGCUCCUCUCCCUCCUUCUUCCUGUGAACGUAGGAUUUUGCUGAAGCGAAGUGACGGGGGUCGCCACAGCGACAGCUGGACCAUGCGCCGAUGUCGAUGUCCUUUGACCUCUUUGCCGCCUUUGAGGGUCACGGGAACGGCCAUCGCCAUGGCAACACGGACACUUGACCCUUGCCCCAAAUCUUCCCUCCACUUUUCUCGGCACCAAAACAUUGAGGCGCCAUCGCUGCUGCUGUACUGACGACUUAGACAAAGGACAAACUGACUCUAACUAUAGAUAGGUACCUAUUUAUCUCUUUGCAUAGGCCUGCAAAAUAAUUCUGCAGCAUAUUGUUCUGUUUAUUAAUAUUAUUAUUGUUGUUAAUACACUUUCAGCUGGUUUUCUUCUGGCUCAGCCGAUAGUUACCAGACUCUCUGAUCUAUAAAAACCUGUGAACCAAACCUGGAGAGCAUUGUGUGUGCACACAUACACACAAAAAAAACCCUUUCAUGCAUACAGAUUACAUAUAUUUAUUUAUUUAUCAUGUAUGUAUGCAUUCAGUGAGGUGUGUGUGUGAAUUUGUAUACAGAUUGUUCUGCAAAAAAACACAUGAGGUGGCAUUUAUGAGCAUAUUUAAAAAUUAAAGUAACCAUUUGCUUAAAGAGAAACCCUACCUCAGCAAAAACCAGGUUGGUACCAAUUCACACAGUAGAAAUAUAUAAAAAUAUUUAUUUUCAGAGGUGAAUGUUUUUUAAAGAUCACCAAUCCAAAGCCUUACUCUGUCCAUCAGACUGGAUGGACUGUUUUUUAAGUUUGGACCUAUAAACACGCAGUAUAUCAAAGAUUUAGCGAUCAUUUUAUCGACUGAAUGUUCAGCAGAGCCAAGUGAGAGUGACUGCCUCUCUAAUAUUACCCCUCUCUCCCCACAAUGCAACAUAAUCUAUUAAAGAUCCAGAGUAAUAUAUUUAUUAUUAUAGCAGAGAUGGAGGAUUCAUAAAAACACUAACAGAGGAAUACUUGACAUCGCCUUGCAUCUCACAUGCAUGCAGGUGCCACACAUCCAAACAGCAUGAACCCGAUCUGUGGCCUGUCUGAGCCCAAGCCUCAGCACCUUUACACAUGUCAUGCACGCCGCUACUCUUCACCUGUGAUAUCCUGUAAACACGCUUUCUACAGGAAGUUACAACCUGUCAAAGUAAAAGGACGGGAACCUGAAUGUUACUUAUAUCUCGACAGCUCAGAAUCUUACAUUUUCUCACCUGAUGCCUCGUUGCCGCGCUAAGUCGCACCACAUUUUUUUUUGGGGGGGGGGGGGCCUGGCAGGCGCAAGCAGCACCAAGCAAUGUGGCGAAUACACGUUCUGAGCAGCUGUUCUUCAAUGAACCGUUCUUAAGCUCCUGAUUGGCGGAGCUAAAUGCAUGGUCUUGCACUUACAAACUUUCUAGAUUGUAAACACAAGACACAUUGAAUGUAGUACACGCUGUGUUCUGAGCUUGGGGACACACAACCCAACAAACACCACAACAAACUGCAAAAACAACACGCAGAGGUACUGAAAGGAAACUAUGACACAUACAAGUGGAAUAAAAGAAACAAAGCAGGGGAAGUAUCUCUUUAUUUAUCUGAAUUCACUGGUACUUAACCUUUGCCUAUAUACUGUAAAUAGAACAGUGCUGCAGAGAAUUACAGAAGAGCAGAUGCUGAGAAAAUUUGAGAGAUGUUAAGUUAAAUAACUUAUGUUGUUUGUGCUGUACAUACUACGUGUUUGAGUGAAUUUUCUGAUACAACAAAAGCACUAAUUAAGUUAUAUGCUAACCAGUAUGGUUUGGCUUUGAUUUUCUUUUUUUAUUAAACUGUCAUGGGAUAGUCUUGUGAAAUAAAUGCCACUAUGAGGACAUUUUUCUAAUGCUGUAAUUCUGACAAAAAGAUUUUAAAGAUUUUAAGAGAAAUCAUUAAUACUUGACAUAAUAAUUAAAUCUUAGGUACAGCAUAAAUGGCAUAUAUGCAAUAUUUACACUUUUGAAAAUUAGUUUACAAAGACGUACCAAAUGUAUAAAUAAUGUUCAUAAUGUUUGUUAACAUGAGAAUGAUCAGAUUUCUGCUGUUUGUACGUUUUUUUUUUCUCUCUCCAAAUUUGAAAUGAAAACCUUUUAUUCUGUGUGUUUUUUGCUAAUCGAGCCUCUUGAUGUUUUGAGCAGUGUUUUUUGCAUUUGGAAUAAUGUUUUUUCGAGUUUUUAUUCAGCAUCUAAAGGUUACGAUAUGGGCUUCUCUUGCUGUGUCUUUUCAUUGUAAAUAUUUCAUAUCUUGCAUAUUGUGAUGCUACUAAGAGACGAUAAUUUAAACUUAGUUCAUUGCUUUAGAUUGUAUUGAUUCUUUAUAGACACAUGCAAUAAAUAAUGUUAUUUAAGA